AUUUUGUUAUCCGAAAUACACAAAAAAACAAAAAUUCCCACAUAAUCGAGUAAGCAAAAAAAGAACAAGCAACGACGGCUACAAGAUGAUCUAUUUGCAUCAAUUUUUGUGUUGCAUCGAUCUUCGGAUUGGGGCAAUUGCUGUGGGCAUAGCUCACAUAGUGUUUGAUUUGAUUGGUCUUAUUUUUGUGGGCAUUUUUGGUGAAUCAGGUGUACCCGAUCUUUGCCAUAAGCUAUUCAUUGUCUUUAUGAUUAUUCACAUAGCAAGUGCCGCCUUUUUAAUUUACGCUAGUAUGAAGCUUCUGCCCAGAUAUAUGCUUUUUUAUAUACUAUGCACCAUGAUCCAGGCCAUGACAAUGAUAAUACUCAUCAUAUCGGAUAUAAUACUAAGAAUUUGGUAUCCUGUUAUCAUUAUCUAUGUACUUAUGUUAAUAAUAUGCUUAUACUUCUGGCUGGUGUCUUACUCAUUCUACGCAGCACUUGGUGGCCCUAUAUUUAUUUAAUUGUUCAACACAGUGUUUUAUCAAAAUUUUAAU